AUGUAUCAAAAGUUUUCCGCAAAGUUAUUAUUAUUGAAAUCAUUGGCCAAACAAUUGCCGCCGCAACAAAUUGAUGGCCAACAAUAUCACACACAAUCAGUGUUAAGCCGAUUAUCGUUGGCGGCCAUUAGCGGCCAAUAUCAGUGCCAUCAUCAACAACAACAACGGCGCCACCAAACUGUCGACACAAAAACCAAUGGCCAGUCGUCGGCGUCGCAGUCGAUGGUGUACAACGAAGAGCGGCCACAGUUUCCCGGUUCCCGAUCGCAGUGGACACAGGAAUUACGUUUUGUCGAUCCGGACAGCUAUCCGGGUAUUCCCGUCUAUCGGGUAGUCGACAAAUCUGGUCAGCCAGUUGUCGACGAUCUGAAACAGUUGAACCAAUCCAUAGACAAACCGUUUCUCAUACGACUAUAUAGAGGUAUGGUUAAACUGAACCAAAUGGACACCAUAUUAUACAAUGCCCAACGUCAGGGUCGGAUCAGCUUCUAUAUUACCAGUCACGGUGAAGAGGCUACACAUUUUGGACCGGCAGCCGCUCUCGAGGACACGGAUCUGGUCUAUGGACAGUACAGAGAGCCAGGUGUACUCAUGUGGCGCGGCUUUCGUACGGAAGACUUUCUUGACCAGUGUUUCGGCAAUCGUAACGAUUUGGGUAAAGGCCGUCAAAUGCCGAUACACUACGGUAGCCGUGCGCUAAACUUUGUAACGAUAAAGUCGACCCUAACGUCCCAGAUGGUGCACAGUGUCGGCUCGGCCUACGCUUACAAACGCCAACAAAACGGUCGGGUAGUGAUGUGCUAUUUUGGCGACGGCGCCGCCUCCGAGGGCGACGCUCACGCGGCUCUUAACUUUGCCGCUACACUGGACUGUCCUAUCAUUUUCUUUUGCCGUAAUAAUGGUUUUGCAAUAUCGACGCCAACUCAUGAACAAUACAGAGGCGACGGCAUCGCGGCCAGAGGUCCAGCACUGGGCAUACCGGCCAUACGUAUCGACGGCAACGACAUUAUUGCCAACUAUUUGGCAACACUCGAAGCUCGCCGUAUAUGUCUUGAAGACAGUCGGCCGGUGCUGAUCGAGGCCAUGACCUAUCGUGUGUCUCAUCACUCGACAUCCGACGACUCGUCCGCCUAUCGUAGUGUCGACGAAGUUCGCAAUUGGCAACAAUCGGAUCAUCCGAUUCUGCGAUUGAAACGACUAUUGCAACUGAAAGGCUGGUACGCGGAGGACGAAGAAAACCAGUACAAAGACGACGUACGCAAAGAGAUUAUGUCGGCUCUGGUCAAAUCGGAAAAAGUGCCGAAACCGUCCAUUCGGUCACUGUUUACCGAUGUCUACAGCUGUCCGGAUGAACAGCUGCCCGAACAUUUGGACGGACAAUACCAGCAAUUGGUUGGCCAUCUCAAGGCCUACAAACAGCACUAUCCUAUUGAGUUGUUUGAAGCCGAUGAGGAAACAACACCUGAUGCUAACAAGUGAUUACCGGUAGAUAAUCAUUAUCUCUCUCUCUAUCGCUCUCUCUCUCUCUCUCUCU